CUCCUGCUUGAAGGAGCUGAGUUGGUGGUUGCAGCACAAACCAACAGUCGCUACCUAGCCACAGUCUGGGACUGCUAAAAUGUUACCAUUAUCUAUAAAAGACGACGAGUACAAGCCAGCCAAAUUCAACCUCCUUGCCAAGAUUUCAGGAUGGUUCAGAUCAAUCCUAUCUGAUACAACAUCACGCAAUUUGUUUUUCUUCCUCUGUCUGAAUCUGUCCUUUGCUUUUGUGGAAUUAUCGUACGGCAUAUGGAGUAACAGUUUAGGCUUGAUAUCAGAUUCCUUUCACAUGUUCUUCGACUGCACUGCACUUUUAGCCGGACUUGCAGCCUCAGUGAUCUCCAGGUGGAGGUCAAAUGACUCCUUCUCAUAUGGGUAUGUGAGGGCAGAGGUGUUGGCAGGGUUUGUGAAUGGCCUGUUCCUCAUCUUCACUGCCUUCUUCAUUUUCUCAGAAGGUGUAGAGAGGGCUUUGGAGCCGCCACACGUGAAUCACGAUCGCCUGCUACCAGUGUCCGUCGCUGGACUGCUGGUUAACCUGGUUGGCAUCUUUGUAUUCCAGCACGGGGGCCACGGCCACUCUCACGGCGGGGAUGAAGGUCAUGGCCACAGCCACUCUUUGUUCAAUGGCAGUACGGGCCACGGACACAGCCAUGGGGGGCAUGGGCAUGAGUCCAAACACGGAGAUGGGCACGGGCACAGCCAUGGAGACGGGCACAGCCAUGGAGAUGGACAUGGGCACAGCCAUGUAGGGCACGGUCACUCCCACGAUGACCCCCACUGCCAUGAUGAACUGCACACACCAGGCAAGGGCUCCAGCAAACAGAUUUUGCAAGGGGUGUUUUUACAUAUCGUAGCAGACACCCUGGGCAGCGUUGGAGUGAUCAUCUCGGCCAUCCUGAUGCAGAAGUAUGACCUGAUGAUCGCUGACCCCAUCUGCUCUAUGUGCAUCUCCAUUCUGAUCGGAGUCAGUGUGGUGCCCUUGCUCAGGGAGUCCAUUGGGAUUCUGAUGCAGCGAACUCCGCCGUCUCUGGACAACACCCUGCCAGAGUGCUACCAGAGGGUGCAGCAGUUACAGGGUGUGUACAACCUGCAGGAGCCUCACUUCUGGACCCUAUGCACAGAUGUCUAUGUCGGCACUCUCAAGCUGCUAAUCGCACCCGAUGCUGAUGGCAAAUGGAUUCUUAGCCAAACACACAACAUUUUCACACAGGCUGGAAUACGGCAACUGUAUGUCCAGAUUGAAGUGGCAGCGAUGUAGGGGGACUUGUUCCUCUCUAUGUCCCCGGGAAUCCUGGGACCAAAGCCCUCUGUGCUGCUGUGGGGGUUCCUUCCCACCAUGUUCCCCCCACAUCUCUCUGGGUCUCAAAGUUUACAUCCCAAACCAAGGACCAAGACAGAAGCAGCUAUAGGACAAGUACACUGACUUUUGGGAGGAAACAAAAAAACGAUGGAAACCAAAACCUGCCAAUUAUGUGACGUCUGCGAGGAAAACAAGAACUUUGCUUCAGACACUACACACACACACACACACACACACACACACACACACACACACACACACACACACACACACACACACACACACACACACACACACACACACACACUUCCACCCAUUCUACUGUUUAGGACAUUUGUCUGAGAACUCACGGGCCAUACUGCAUGUCUUGGUUAGAUCCUUUUUCCCAUUAAGAUGGGGUUUUAAUUAAUUGAACUAUUGUCUGAUAGGAGUUUAAGUACACUUCAAUGGACGUUUUGUGUUAAGCCAACGUUUGUACGUCUAUCAUACCAGUCCCACAUAAUUACCUAGGGGGCAUAUUCCGUUUGGCCAUUUAGUUGCACUUUGCACACUUGAGCCAUUCAACUGUCAUUCGGGGUUUCUUAAGUGCCUUUUGAAUCAAAUAAUGGACAAUCAGUCAUAUCGUCAUGUGAGAAGCCAUUCGUUUACUAUGUGUGACUGGAAUCAUCAUGUCCUUCAAGGCCCGGAGGGAGUCAGACGGCCGACAUGGGUCUUAUUCCAACUCUUUUGGCUCCAUCUUUGAUCAAACAUCCUUUUAAGAGUUGUCAGGGUAAUUUUUCCUAAGGGAAAGUUGUAAGAAUUCCUCUUGACCACGCUUGACAUAAUUCUCUGGAUGGCACACAGCAGCUUUAUUUGAACCAUGAACAGCUGCUUACCACCUUGUUAAAGGGGAUGGUUGAAACAGACAUCAAAAUGAAGUUAGCCUAAAACCCUAAAAAGCAUUUUAUUAUCCUCAUUGGUCUUAAGUUUGCAGUUGGCCAGUUCCAAUCUUCUUUUGAAAUGUAAUAAAUGAUUUUACUGCACAGUU